AUGGCUGUCAUUUGCCGGACAAAAGGCAUAUUGGGACAAGCAGGACCAGCUUUGAAGACAACCUAUCAAAGCUCCAUGGAUCUUUCCACCUCCGACGUACAUUGCAAUUUCCUCCACUCUUGGAACGAAGAUGCAUUUCGAGUAAUAAAUGUCAUCUCAUCAACAAAGUGGUCGGCAAUAAAGCUCUGCCUACGGAUGAAGAGGUUUCAUCACAAUGCAAUGCAUCGUUACAAAGGAAUGCCACCGGUUACCUGCGAAGACGUGGUCCAUGCGUUAUCUGGAAAUGGCACACGAAGAAUCAACCUUGCGGCUGAGAAGGCAUCAUUGAUCCUCGAAGAAGAGACGGAGGUAGAAGGUCACAAUUGCAGCAGCGACGUCUGGAAUAAAAGCAGCGGUGCCAUCGCAGUUCACAUACCUCAUCGCGUUCUGUGGGUGCGCGUUUUUUCGGUGUCAGCGUGUAUCCUCUCGCCCCAGGCCCUGGUAAACAAGAGGCACAACCACAACAUGCUGGUUUCUGUGCUGAGUCUUCUCCUGACAACCGUUUGUCUCAUGGUGACACCGGUCAGUGAGGCCUACCAGUAUAGCAGCAGUUUUAUCAACCAGGUCACCACCUACCCCAACAUUGUCACCGCCAAGAGUCGAUGCUUGCCUGGCAGGAGUGGUGGCAGUGGCGCCCCCCCUCCAACUCUCCUCGUCUGCGAUCCCUACGAACUCCUCAGUCCCGAUCAAUUGAUGUCAUUAAAUCGACAGUUAAUGGAGAUGAAAUCGAAAAUCAACAGUGAUCGAGGCAAAUGUGACCGGAGCUACCCUCGUCCCACCGUUGCCGUUGCAUUUGUUGAUCGUCUGCGUUUUGGAGUGGUGGAGGAUCAAUCUGAUGAAAACAUCAUUAACUACGCGGCCAUUUUCACCUACUACCUGUUCGGGUCAUGGAGGCUUCCCACCAUGUGCGAGUCUGAAUCGGAUAAAAUUGUUGUCUUCUACUCCAAAGCCGAUGGAGUUCUCUACGUCUAUGCUGGUGAGAACCUGAGGGAGAAGCUUCCAAGAGACGUGAUCCAGAGAACCGCGGUCGAGGCCAAGGCCGCUUUCGGUUCCGGGGUUUACGAGGGCAUGAAAUACCUACUGACGCGAUUUCAGGAGAUUCUGACUUCUAACCGGAGUGGUAUGUUUGGCACAAGAUAA